AUGUUCGUCGAAAGCGAGUACGUCCAGGAACACUUCAAGACCUUCCAAGACGGCAUUUGGACGGCGUUUGUGUUUUUGACGAUGGAUGGGUGGCGAAUGAACUUCCAGAGCGGCUUCGACUUCUACGACUACGGCAAAGACACGGAACUCGGCGAUCGGGAGCUUAUUUUUAUCUUUUGGUACUUUGUCAACAUUCUGCUCAUCAUUCUCUUCAGCAUCAUCAUGAACUCAAUGAUCGUCGCCCGGGUCGUGACAAACUUGGACAACGCGAUGCUUGAGCAAGACGCGAUCCGAGACUCAGAAAAAGAUGCAGACGAUCAGGAAGAAAAGAAGCCCACUCAGGUGGAAGAAAACAACAACCAAAUGGACGACGGGGACGAAGCAUCGCUAAUCUUUAUGGCCAAUCAUCCAGCUUUCCAGAAACUCAAGCAGAAGCCGCUUUUCAAAACUGGUCUCGGAAACAUGAAUAUUGACAGAGUCGAGGAUGUGCUCAUGAUUAUCAACGCGCUGGAACGAAACUUGCGGGAAUACACUCGGAUCCGCGAGAAACUGUGCCGAAUCAUGGAAGAAAUGCAGAUUCUGAACGAUCCGUUGACGACCAACAACGAAGCCCUGCGCGUUCUCGCCUGCACCGCCGCUGGUCAAGAGCUGCGCGAAUCUGCGAAUCUGACUGGCCCGCUUUCCUACCGCCAAAGUCAAAGUUGCAAUUUGCCAGCGAAAAAGAACGUUGGUGCAAUUUUCGGUCAGCGUUCUGUGGAGAUCCGACUUUGGAGAGAAAAUGCGUACGUUCUAUGCGAUAUUGUUGAGUUUCUUUCCUCCGAAACGACAAUGAUUUGCAUCACACCAAAAUUUGAAGCUGAGGGUCGAUACAGAGUCGAAUUCAUCGACAACGCAGAGCAGAUAAAAAUGGUUACUUCUAACAAAAUCUACGUUUCACAGCAGUAUGCUCCCUUCAUAAAUGAUGUCAAAUCACGUGGGCGGUCAACGAGGUUCAUCGGCAGCAGCGAUAGAGUGUCGCUUGAAGGGGAUUUUCUCGCCUCAGGCAUUGAACCAAGCGAAACUCAUGAAAACAUCGACGAUGAGCAAAAUCAUUCUCUUCUACUGCCUGAAAUCGAGCUUGUUCACAUGCAGACGAACAAGUCUUUUUACUCUCAAAUCAACGUCACUGAAGGACAAAUCGAAUUUUUCGCCGAUGAAAUCCCCCUCGGCGAUUUUCAAAUUUAUCUUCGAUCGCUUACUUAUGGAAAAAGCUCGAUUGCUGCUGGCCCGAUGAAAAACGUCGAUCUCGUGGUUUUUCCAGUUAUUCACGAUGUCCAGAAAGACAAAGACAACAACCUUUAUCUCUUUGGAAGCGGUUUUGAUGAAAAUUGCGAAGUAAUGGUUUUCAACUGGCCAUGUAUCCGCGACUUCUCUUCGAACGCACGGCUAUUUCAACCCCUCGUCUCAAAAGGCUCGUUCAAAAUAGAAACAGCUGGUCUUGUUUUGGUUCGAUUGAGCCAAUGUGAUCCUGAAUCUGGCUUUUGCGCUUCUCCAGUCAUCAUUUUUGAUGGACACUCCUCGGGCGAAGUCUUUACUGAUGUUCACAAAUUCAAAAAGACGAGCAACUACUACCUCGAAAUUUUCGUCCUCCGACGAUCAAUCAAUGGGUUCACGAGUCAUUUAUACGUGAGCAUGAUCAACAAUGACGAGAACGAAGAAAAUUUAUACGACGAAUCGUCUUUGACAGAAAAGAUCGAGAUGAAGUUCCAAAGAAGUGGAAUCUUUGAAACUGUCUACUUGAUAAAAUUCAAAGUUGAUCAACCAAGUGAUUUUGAAUUUCAAUUCAAGUACGGAGAUCGUGAAACAGCGCCCUUUCUUCUCAAAGGAAACACGAACACCAUCCAGAAAGAGCUUCACAUGUUGAGUGAAACGGAAUGCAAGUCGUUAGGGAAUAUGCAAGUCAUAUUCCAUGAAGAAUUUGAAUCAUCGAAGAACAAUGAAGUCACUGGGAAUAUUGAUCCUUUCUGCGGACUCUAUGCGCUGGAAACAAAAUCGGCAUAUCUCCAAAAGCUUCAUUCUUCAAGAGUCCGGUCGAAUACAAAAUUAUGCUUUGCGUUCAAAGGUUCUUUGGAGAAUUAUGUAACACUCAAUAUCGAAGCUAAAAAAGGAAAAUCAAGGAAAAUUUAUCAGAUAGAAAUGGACUUGGACAAUGUCGACCCGACCAUGGUUCAUGAAAAUUGGCGAUAUCAGUGCCAAGAGAUCUACAAUCCAGUGAUAGAAUACAUUCGAGAAGAGCAAGAUUCGAUUUUCAUCAACAACGUCGUUUUUCAUCCAACUGAAAAGACGUCCAUGAUGCUGGAUGAUAUUUACCUCGGAGAAAACAUUGGUUUCUUCACCAGAGUCCAAGAAAACAUCGGCGCUAGACCGGGCGAUGAAUUCAUUGUUCACUACGGAGUCACGUGGAAGAAUGCGAAUCUUGGUUUUGAUGCUCAACUUCAGAUAACCAUCCAAUCCGAAAACUGUCUAGAAAAUAUUCCACCACCCGAAAUUGUUGGCAAAGAGACGGGAGCUUUUCCAGCCAUUAGCUUUUCCAGCCCUAAUGGCUGGAAAAGCUCCCGUCUCGUUGGCAAAUAUUCCUUUACUCAGAUCGACGAGCCAUUCAUCCAUCAAUACAGUAAGAAAGGAGUUCUGGUUCAAAUUGAACGCCAGCAAUCUCAAUACAUCAGUAGUUCUGAAGUUGUUACUGUUCAAUCUGGUGAUGUCUCUGCCGAUCUUGAUCUUUCGAUCAAUGAUUUUGAUCUCGCCACCGAGCUAGAAACAAAAUUCGGCAUCGUCGCGAAGGUCCUCUCUACUGGCAAAUGCUACGACAAGGAAAGACACAUUUCGUUGGAAUCCAUUGACGCAAGGGAUUUGGAAGAUGUCAUCGUAGAUCGAGCCAAUUCGGUAUUUGAUGAAAUCGAUGUUUCCGUUGUCCGACAUGGCGGGCGACUAAUUGGCCUUUUGAGCGCCAAAAACAUGCAAGUGGCAGCAGCCCAUAAAGCCGUGUUCUUGAAAUGUCCGGAAGGUGUUUACUCAGAAUGCCGAGCGGACAAUUUAUGCGACUUUAGCUCGCUGAAAACUAUCGAGCAAGAAAUAAUUGAAAUUGAAGGGUCCGCAGAAGGUUCAGGAAUCGAAACCCCAACACGGACGUUCGUCAAUCCAAGCUAUCAAGAAGAAAAUGAAAUCAAGGAAGAUAAUUUCUUCUCGGAUACUUUUGAGGUCGAUCUUGGGUCGUCGUUUAUGCGAAGAAAUGACAACUGUAAAAUUCAAUCAAUCUAUCCGCGAAGAUUUUCUCUGCUUGGAAAUGUUCGAUUGACGAUUUUCACGAAAAACUGCGAUCCCUUGAAUAAGAGCGAUUCAAUUUUGAUUGCGAAUCGUAAUUGCAAGAUAAUAAGCUCAUCGAAUGAUCAAAUCGAAUGUUUCUUGAAAGAGACUCAGCCAGUUGUUCAUGUUUCUCUGCGAUCACUUGAAUCUGGCUGGUUACCAGAGAUCAUCAAGAUUCAGACGGGAGCCAAGAUCAGCUGGAGUUGGAAGGAAAUGGAGUUGCCAAACGGCCACGAUGCUCAAAUCCGAGUUCAACAGACAAUGACUCGCGGACGAGUUGAAUACAAUCGCCUCGGCUUCAUUUCCGAUUCUGGAGCCUUUUCUUUUGAGAGGGAAUUUCUUCAACCCGGUCACUAUUUUUACUCUUCUGGAUGGAUUGAUGCUGACCAAACUCUUGCAUUUACUGGAGAAAUCGUUGUUGUCGACAAAUUCGACGCAAGUUUUAUUUUGAACAUCAAUGACGAAGAAGUGAAGGCUAAUUUUAAGGAUUCUUUUCAGCAAGUGACCGCUUUAGAUGUCACAACAGAAAGCGACGAGGAAAGCUUCGUCGAUGGAAGUCGUCUUUUCAUCCAUUUCAAUGAACUCCCAGACAACCCUGGUAAAAUAACGGUCGAACUCUAUAAUCAAAAAUGCGAGAAUGCAAAAGUCAUCAACUCCACAACAAUAACAUGUGAUUUCAACUUGCGGGGAGGUCAUUCAACCGACUGCAACUUGAAAGUUGAGCUAUCAAACUUUGGCGACGUUUUUUACUCGGAAAAUGCCAACAAUUGUCCGAAGAUAGUUCCAGUCGUUUACAACCCGAUUGGCAACUAUGGAGUCGGGAAAAACGGCGGCGCUGAGAUUUCAAUAAAUGGCGACUUUAGAAACUUCUUGGUCGCGGACAUUUCUGUCAUUGCCGGAAGUACUGAGCUAAAAGUGACAGAUUUUUCGAAUGGAGAAAUAAAACUCCUCGUUCCAGAAUUAGACGAAGGAUCUUACAAUUUGAACAUCUACUACCGAAAUCAUUGGUUCAAGACGUUUACGAUGGUUGCUUCAGAAAUCUUCACUUCGACAAUUGUUCAGACCGAGGUUCAAACAUCGUCUCAGUCAAACAGCAUCACGAUGACAGGGUUUUUCGUUGGUGAAAUUGAGUCAAUCACGAUCGACGACCAGAUCUGUAACAUAAAGUUCUCUUCUUCGAGUCAAAUUCGAUGCAAGGUUUCAAAUGUCCGAGCUGGUACCUACAUUCCAAAAGUUCUCAUGAGUCUUGGUUACGCGUCAACUGAUGGCAAACUUGGACAAGUAGCUGCGACAAUUCUUGGAGAUGUCAGAUCCAUUUAUCCUGACCAAGGAUCUUUCGGCGGAGGAAACUGGAUCAAUGUUUAUGGCAGCGGAUUUUCUGAACAAAUGUCUGUAAUGGUCAUUCCCGACGAAGAAAAGGCAGGAGAUCUUUGCGGUGGCGAGUGUGAGAUCAAGUUCAUCCAUCACGAGCUCCUCAAACUCAAAAUCCCGCAACUGAGAGGAAUCAAAGGCAAAGACCAGGUCCCAAGCUCAAUUUUCCUCAUUUCGACGCAUCAAGAAAAACCAGUUCCAUUUAAUCGUGCUUUGUAUUCGUACAAAAAUGAGCUUACCGCCCGUGCUGAAGCGCUCAAGCACCCGGAAUUUCCUGACCGUUUCGUUUUGGAAGUCAGCGGAUUGAACAUGCUCGAUGAAAUAACGAUUCUUGGCGAGGCCUUUGACCCGAUUUGCGGCAACCAACAAGUGAAUGUUGAAGGCGGAAACUCAACUUGUGUUAUCUUUUCUUGUUCGGAAACCUUUAUCAGCUGUCGUCUCCCGCCGAGAUCGCCUGGCGCCAAACGUCUUGAUGUUGAACACUUAUCAAACGGCUUCGCUAAAUCAAGCAGUCUUCAAGUCAUUUACAGUCUUCAUAUCAAGAGUGUUCAUCCUCUUUCUGCAGGGACAAAUGGAGGAAACGUUAUAACAAUCAGAGGAGCUGGCUUUGGAGAAGACGAACCGGCAGUUGAAGUCGCUAUUUGUGGCCAACUAUGCGAAAUAAUGACAUUCAGUGUUAGCUUGGACCAGGAGAUCACCUGCAAAUUGCCAUUCUACGAUUUUUCUCUCAAACAAUGUCUCGUAAAUGUUCAAUCAAUCGAAGAUCCGUCAAUAAGCUUGAGCUACGAUGAGUACUUUGUCUUUGAUGAAAAACGAACUUUGAAUGUAAUCAAGCAAAGCGAUUUCUACGGGCCGAGUUCUGGAGGGUACGAAUACGCCGUUACUCUUGACAAAAUCAACGACCAUGAGACUCCGAUCCGAUUGAUUUCGAAAAACUCCGGAGAAGUUUAUUUUCCGAUGAAAAAAUUUGAAGUCAUCGAUAACUGGAGUGACUCGUGGACUUGGGGCUGCUUGGAAAAUGAGAAUUGCAAGCCGAUCGCUGGAGAUUUGAUCGAAAUUCCAAAAGGCGCAAAAAUUUUAUUAGACGAAUCUACUCCCAUUUUGAAAGCAAUUUUGAUCUCUGGUGGUAUUUUGAGAAUCAAGGACGAUAACAUAGCACUGAAUAUUCAGUAUAUUAUUAUUACGAAUGGUGGACAGCUUCUGGUUGGCAGUGAGGAAGAACCGAUCGCAACAAAAGUAGAAAUCAACCUUCAUGGAGAAAUGUCUGAUCAUCAAUUGCCACUUUACGGAUCAAAAGUCAUCGCUGUUCACGACGGAAAAGUGGAAAUGUAUGGCCAAGAAAAGCAAUCAUGGACGACUCUCUCACAGGAAGCAGUGGAGGAAACAGCUAGAAUAAGCGUUGAAGAUUCGAGCUCCUGGCAAGUUGGCGACCAACUGGUCAUUGCAACUACUGGUGGUCCCGAUAGUCAUGCAGAGUCCGAGCGAGUCAAAAUCGUUGAAAUCCAGGAAGACUUUAUCAGAGUAAACCGAAAACUGAGAAACACUCACACUUACCAUCCAGUUUCCAUUGAACAAUCGGGAGUUUCAGUAACUCUUACCGCCGAAGUAAUCAAUUUGAGCCGCACGAUCGUCAUUCAAGGAGUAAUUGGAGAGGACAAAAAGUUUGGUGGCCAUUUGGUUGCUGCUCACAACGCUGAAAAGAUGAUUUUAUCGUACGUCGAGUUCAAAAACGUCGGUCAAGCGUUCCAGCUCGGUCGCUACCCAAUCCACUUCCAUAUCACCGGCAACGAGCAGAACAGUAAGCUCCUCGGUUGUUCUAUCCAUCGAUCGUUCAACAGAGCAGUUACGUUUCACGCGGUCCAUCAUCUUCGAGCAAUCGGAAACGUCGCCUACAAUAUCAUCGGUCACGCGUUUUUCCUCGAAGAUGGAAUCGAAACUCACAAUUAUCUCGAUUCAAAUGUGGCUAUUUUCACUCAACAAGGAACCUCGCUGUUGAAUACUGAUCUCUGGGCUGCUGGUUUUUGGAUAACGAAUCCAGACAACGUUCUUGUCGGAAACAGAGCUGUUGGUGGCACCCACAAUGGAUUUUGGUACAAUAUGCCGAAAAGACCAACUGGGCCGAGCUUUACGAAAUCAAUUUGUCCCCGAUUCACGGAAAUGGGUCGCUUUGAGCAGAACACUGCUCAUUCUAAUGGUUGGUUUGGCUUGUGGAUCUACCCUGUUUAUAUUCCUAGAAAAGACAGUAGCUGCGAUAUUGAUGAACCAAGCCUCGCAGAAUUCAGGGACUCACUCUUUUGGAACAACGAGCGUGGAGCAGAAACGGUUCUGACAGGAAUGCUGAAAUUCUCAAAUUUGACGGCGAUUCGAAACAGACGAGCUGGACUGUCUGCUAUGGAAGCGUAUUUGGCUGAAUGGCCCGCUCUUACUUUUGAGGAUAGCACGAUCAUUGCUCAUUUGGAUGGCGAAUCUUGCCCAAAUGAGCAUAGACCAGCGAUUGGACUUGAAACACCUUGGAAGCGCGGGUCGUUCAUUGCGGAUGGAGUGACUUUCGUGAAUUUUAACGAUGAGGAGUGCGUCGCAGUUGAUCCCUGCUACAAGGCUUACAAGCAUGAUUGCGCGAAUACGGGGCGAUUCAGCAGAACAACCUUCGUCAAUUCUACUAACAAAGUCGUCUUUACCUACGCGAAUGAAUAUGUGAUCGACGAUACUGACGGAUCUUUCAUGGAAAACGAUCUUCCGGGAAAAAUUCUCCCUGCAUCGGGAAUUCUUCCGAAAGAUAAGUGUACUAAACCCGCUCAAAUAUCAAAAUCUGGUGUUGAGCCAGUUUGGUGCGACGACUCUGUUGUUAUUCGGAAAUUUGGUCUUCACAAGACUGACGAAGCAUUUUUCGGAUCCGAUCUUAUCGUGAAUACUAGGCACGGAGAGAACAGAGUGCCCUUCAGACAGCUUCGAUUUUCUCAUGCUAGUGGCUGGAUUGGCUUCCUUCUUGGAGAUUCCGAAAACACAAUUAGCUUUUCCGCCCAAAAUCAUACCACCGCUAACUGGACGAUGAACAUUUUCGAUAUUGAAGCUACCGAUAAUUUAAGCAUCACUGGUGAUCAAUAUUACGGUGGAGAGGUGAAAGUCGACUUCACAAAUUUGAACCAAUCCUUGACCUCUGAAGAGUUACAUUUCACCCUACCAAAUGUGAAUUCUUUGGAUGAAGAGAUCAUUGUCACGGAGCAAGAAGUCACUACUACGACUGAAGAAACAACAACCGAAGAAAAUGGAAACUUCGACUUUGGAAACAUAAUGUCGCUGAUGAAUGGAGAAGAAAGGAAACAUAUUCAACUUUCAUCGCUUGAUCACGUGGACGGAACAGACCUGGUCAUUGCUGAAAAUGAAAUUCUCUUCCUUGAUUCCGACCUCAACGCGAGACACAUAGUUAUACAUGGCAAGCUACUACUCGCCGAAAACGUAACGAAGCUAGAAAUACAGGCCGAAAUGAUCUUCGUUCUUGGUGUCUUCGAUCUCAAUCCUUCCUGCUCUCAACAAGUAAACUUGACUCUUCACGGCAACUGGGACUCAACAACAGCAGAAUUCGGUGGCUACGUUGGCGGUUCAAAAGUUAUCUUUGUAGCGCCAUCUGGAGAAUUCACGGCAAAUGGUUGUACAGCGGAAAGAAUGCUCAGAUUUGAGUCAAAAAUUACCAGUGGCUCAUCGAAUUUCACGAGUUUCACAGUCUUUCCUGGGGACGAGCUUAUUUUCUUACCAGAAGUACUCGAUCCACAACAGUUUGAAAAUGCAACAGUGAUAUCAAAUGAAAAUGGGGAAGUCAAUUUUGAGCCAGCUCUUGAAUAUGACCACGAGUUUGCGGUCAACUUACGAUCGAAUCUUAGAAUCUCAGGUGUUGCCAACAACUCAUUCGGGGGAAGAAUUUUAUCUCGAGGAUCGUUGAAGCUGACCAAUGUUGAGCUUUCUGCUUUUGGCCAAAGAGGCUACAAUGAAUUGUCAGAUUACAGAGCCGCUAUUGCGAUCGACGGAUAUCAAGCGACGGCGAAAAUAGUUCUUUGCUCAGUUUCGAAAUCUCACAAUUCAGCGAUUUUCGUUAACAACUCGCCAAAUGUGUUGCUAGAUAGAAACGUCAUCUUUGAUGUCAUCGGGGAUGGAAUCCGUCUCAAUGGCCGAGGAAAUGUCGCGCUUCUCGGAAACAUUGUUGCAAACAUCAAACACCCUUUAUUGCAUCCUAGAUCGAGUACUACUGGAAAUAAGGGCUUCAGAAUCUGGCCAAGUGGAAUCCAAACUGACGAGACUCAAGGAAAUUCUGUUUCGAUGAUCGACAACCACGUUAUCUACUCAGAAGGCUUUGGAUUUCGGACUGGCGGUGAAAAGUGCUCUUCUGAGAGAACUUGCGGACAUGUUCAACAAACCUCGAGUGCAAGCAGCCCAAAUACAGUAAGAGGAGCUCUUCACGGUGUGACAGUUUGGGGAAAUGGCCACAACGAAUGCACAUUGAUCCGCAAUUUCGCGAUUAGCAAUACAGUUGACUACGGAGUUUACGUCCAAACAGACGCGAAUGUUCAAGUCGAAAAUGUCGACAUUCGUGGAUCCACGGUUGGAAUGUCUGUCUUGGUUUAUGGCGCGGACUCGCGAAAACACGAGCUCGUCGACAAAUCUGUUUCAAUUUCGAAUUCAAAGAUUGUUCUUUCUGAUCCUGUCUUUUUCCCGCAGCUGGAAAUUUUGAACAGAACAUCGAGCGUGCGACAAAAGGGAACAGGCCAAAGGGACAAAUCGGAAUCAUGA